AUGGCUGCAGGAGGGCAAGAGAUUGUCUGCAGCACUAUUGAGGUGUGGAAGGAGAAGUUCGAGGAGUUUAAAAGAUCUAAGAAACUGGUUGUGUUGAGUUUUUGUGAUUCAGGGUGUCACGCACGCGAAUUCAUGGUCCCAGUUUUGAUAGGGUUAGCCAAGAAGCUGCCCAAAGUGACAUUCUUAAAGGCGGACCCAAAAUUACCGGCAAAACCCUAUGCCUUUACUCUUCGAUUCUGUUUAAUAUCUGUCUUUGGUCGUUGGGAAGUGAAUUAUAUUCUCCUGAAAGAAGGGGAAAUAGUGGACAGGAUUGAGGGUUCUAAUAAAACGACUGGAGUCCUCUGUAGAACAGGCACUUGCCAGGCCACCACAUGGAAUUUCAGUUUAAAGGGAUUUUCCUUGCCAGAAGAACCCAAAGCUUUGCAGAAGUACAAUAUCCACCCGAAAGCUAAUGGGAAUACCUACUCCCACAACUACGAAGUGUAA